CAUAUGUCAGAGUCAAGGCCCGCGGGCCACAUCCGGCCCGCGAGAAGGUUUUUUACGGCCCCUGGGAUGAUCUUGAUUUAUUAUUAGAACCGGCCCGCAGACCGCAGCAAGCCGGCAGCCCGCAGAUCUUUUACACGCACCAAUACUACAUUUCCCACAAUGCAACGGUGACGCACCGAGCAGUAGGCUGCUUCAUUUCAAUAUUUAUUGGCACAGCAGUCGUCAGCAUCACAGUAAAAUUAACUUUCAGAUACCCAUCAAAAAUGGCAAAACGGAAGGUGGACACUGAGAACCGGGGGUUUCAAACAAGGUGGGAGUCGGAGUAUAUGUUCACGGAGGUAGCUGGAAAACCCGUGUGUCUUCUGUGUGGAGAAAGUGUGGCGGUACUGAAAGAGUAUAAUCUGAGACGACAUUAUGAAACGAAACACGCGGACAAAAACAAGAAUAUGGACAUGGAACAAAGGCUACAAAAGGCAGAGGAAUUAAAACGAGGCCUCAAAUCUCGACAGGCUCUGUUCAAAAAAGCCAAAUCACAAGGCCAGGCUGCUGUCAAGGCCAGUUUUAUUUUGGCAGAAGAGAUCGCUAAAUCAGCCCGGCCAUUUACGGAGGGGGAUUUCAUCAAAAACUGCAUGAUUAAAGUUUGUGACGAAGUUUGCCCAGAAAAAAGGCAACUCUUUUUAAAUGUGAGUCUGAGCAGAAACACCAUUGCCGAGAGAGUAGACCAGUUGUCCAUCAAUCUAAAAGAGCAGCUUGUGAAAAAGGGAAAAGAUUUCAUUGCAUAUUCCUUGGCUGUGGAUGAGAGCACCGACAUUUCUGACAUUGCCCAGUUGUCAAUUUUCAUCCGCGGAGUGGACUCCAGCCUAAGCGUGACAGAGGAGUUUUUGGCUUUACGUCCUAUGCAUGGCACAACUACGGGGCAUGAUUUGUAUGAAGAGGUGUCAAGAUGUGUAAAUGAGAUGGAGCUGCCUUGGGAAAAACUCGUGGGUUUGACAACCGACGGAGCACCUGCGAUGUGUGGACACAGGAGCGGACUGGUGGCGAAGAUACGGGAAAAGAUGCAAGAGGAAAACGCGACAGGUGAGCUGACAGCUUAUCAUUGUAUCAUACACCAGGAAGCGUUGUGCGGUAAAGCCUUGAAAAUGGAGCAUGUAAUGAGCAUCAUCACGCGCACAGUUAACUUUAUCAGAGCCAAAGGUUUGAAUCACCGCCAGUUCAAGGCAUUUCUGACGGAGUUAGAAACGGAGCAUGGUGAUUUGCCUUAUCACACAGAGGUGCGAUGGCUAAGCCAGGGAAAGGUGCUUCAAAGAUGUUUCGAGCUUCGUGAGGAGAUUUGUCUGUUCUUGGACAGCAAAGGGAAAGACACAACACAACUCCGAGACGAAAUGUUUCUGUGUGAAAUGGCUUUUCUGUGUGACAUUACGAGUCAUCUGAAUGCAAUGAACUUGCAGCUGCAGGGUCGGGAUCAUGUCAUCUCUGAUAUGUACAGUACAGUGAAGGCAUUUAAAACCAAACUGACUCUGUGGGAGACGCAGAUGCGGAAAGAAAAUUUGAGCCACUUUCCCAGCUGCCAGACCAUGAAAGAGAAGCUCUCUACCAGUGCGUUCCCGAGCGCACAGUUGGCUGAUAAAAUAGGUAUGCUUUCCGCUGACUUUCGACGCCGAUUUGCUGACUUUGAAGCACAAAAAAGCAGGUUGGAACUGCUCGGUAACCCAUUUGCUGUUGACGUGGAAAGCUCACCACCAAACCUCCAAAUGGAGUUGAUUGACCUCCAAUGCAAUGAUGCACUGAGGGCAAAAUAUGCGGCAGUGGGUGCUGCGGAGUUCGCCCGUUUCCUCCCCGACACAAUGCCCCAGCUGCGCAUCCAGGCUGCUCAAACGUUGUCUAUGUUUGGCAGCAGAUACCUGUGUGAACAACUGUUUUCUUUGAUGAACCUGAACAAAACAUCACACAGAAGUCGACUUACUGCUGAACACCUCCACUCAAUUCUGAGGAUUUCCUCAGCUCAGAGCCUUACCCCGAACAUUGAUGAACUUGUGGAAAAGAUGGGACACCACCAAGUAUCACCCUCAACCUCAAACAAGUGAACAUUACUGUGCAAUCACAUAUUUAGAGUUUUUACUCAGUUCAAGUUUAAAAGUUAAAGUUUAA